UGUUUACAUACAGGCAAGACUUUUCCGGCGUCGAAACCGAUCGUUUUGUCGAAUUUACCCAAAGGUACCCUAUUGGUAUAUUUCAUAUUAUCGACAUCAUUUAAAUGUUGAAAACAUGCACCGUGCCCACAGCCAUAGUAUCGUCUGUCAAUACAACCAGAUACGUAUAAUACAUGUUUUACACGUCUCUGAUACAACGCGCCAAAACACUGUGUUACGUACGAUCGGUGACCCAAUGAGUGUCAAUGAGGAAGGGAUGUCCAGGGAGUGGCAAGAAAUCAAGUGUGAAUUUGGCAAACCAAAGUGAAUCUUUUACCUGGGAAACCUAGCAUCAAGACCACCACUUGAUAUCAUCAGCCUUGCUAUGGAGAUAUGAGGAUCACAGGAACAGAUUAGAUGCACUGAUCAUAAAAUGUGAACUUAAUUUAAUAAACAGAUCCAACUUAUCUUCAGUUAUGUCACAUAUGAAAAAUCAAUUAGAAGAAAACAAAAAGAGACAAUCAAGGAAAUACAUGAACUGGAUUUGAUAAGGCGUUAUGACAAAUAAAUAGGAUAAUAUAAGCAAAGACAUUAAGAAAUAUACAGGAGAGACAUCACAAAGUGUUUUAUUUGUGAUUAGGAUUUUCAGACUUUUCAUCCAAAGAAACAAAUUAAGAAUCACACUGGUGAAUCAUUAUACAAGAAUAAUGUAUGUUACAAGUUCAGGUCUGGUUUUAGUAAACAAGAUGCCUGACAUCUCAUUUCCAGAUACAAAAUGUAUCGGAGACGAGCCAUACAGUUGUGAUGAGAGUGAUAAAGGCGUCGUAAAGGCAAAUGUAAUAAAUACAAAAUGUAUCGGAGACGAGCCAUACAAUUGUGAUGAGAGUGAUAAAGGCGUCGUAAAGGAAAAUGUAAUAGAUACAAAAUGUAUCGGAGACGAGCCAUACAAUUGUGAUGAGAGGGAUAAAGGCAUUGUAAAGGAAAAUGUAAUAGAUACAAAAUGUAUCGGAGACGAGCCAUACAAUUGUGAUGAGAGUGAUAAAGACAUUGUAAAGGAAAAUGCAAAUGCACUUAUUAAGAAAGAUAGUAUUUCAUCUACAGGAAUCACGUGUGAUGUAUGUGGGAAAAGAUUUUCUCGAAAGAGUAAUUUAAAGAAACACCUCUGGAUACAUACAGGAGAGUGGCCCUUCAAGUGUGAUGUCUGUGGGACAGGAUAUCCUGCAUUAGGAAAACUACAAAGGCAUAUCAGGACACAUACUGGCGAGAAGCCGUACAUGUGUGAUGUCUGUGGGGCAAAAUUUUCAUUUAUAGAUAACCUACAAAAGCACCUCAUGAUACACACUGGAGAGAAACCAUGCAAGUGUGAACUCUGUGGUAGGGGAUUUCGUGUGCACAGUGAAUUAAAGUGUCACCUCAUGACACAUACAGGAGAAAAGCCUUAUAGGUGUGAUGUCUGUGGAAAGAGAUUUACCAAGAAAAAAUCCCUAAAUGUACACAUCAGGAUACAUACAGGAGACAAACCAUACAUGUGUGAUGUCUGCGGUAAGGGGUUUAUUGAGAAGAGAACCCUAAAAAGACACCUCGGGGCAAUACAUAUGGAGGAGAUGAAUUGCAAAUGUGAUAUCUGCUUUAAAGAGUUCAGUUGCCCUAAUUACCUACGGAGACAUUCCAAGAUACAUUCAGUAGAAAAGCCUCAUAUAUGUGAUGUAUGUGGUAAAGGGUUUAGGGUGAACAGUGUCUUACAGGCUCACCUUAAGACACAUACUGGAAAGAAGACACACAUAUGUUCUGUUUGUGGAAAGAGGUAUGCAACUUCAAAUAGCUUACAUAAACACUCCAGGAUACAUACCGGAGAGAAGCCAUACACGUGUGAUGUCUGUGGUAAGGCAUAUGGAGAAAUAAAUUGCCUAAAAAGUCACAAACUGACACAUCACACAACAGAGAUGCCAUACAAGUGUGAUGUCUGUGGAAAGAGAUUUAAACGUCUACAAGGGUUCAAGGCGCAUCUCAAAACUCACACAAGACAGAAGCCAUACAAGUGUGAUAUCUGUGGUACAGGAUUAAGUGCGGCUUAUUAUCUUAAGUUACAUCGCAAGAAACAUAAUGUACAGUGAAUCGAAGGCUGCGAAAGGUUUCAACUAAUGCAGAAAUGAUGAGCAGGCGACGUGAAAAGGAGAGAAAAUGAGUUGAUCGAUCGAUGAUACUUUCGACAAUUAACAACCUGAUGCAAUUCGUUUUAGACUAGAUUCUUGUUUGAUAUUAAUUGUACAAUGUACAUACGAAUAGUGUCAAAAGUCAAUUUUAAAUGCAUAUAUUUAAUUUAAAUGGCAUGAUCUUAUUUAUGGUAUGGGGAUGUCCGUCCGUCCGGCGUUUACUUCUUUUACCAUUUGAUGACCUACUUCAUCAUAGUGAAGAUCAUGUCAUAUAUAGGUGUACAUGUAGCACUAUGAAAGUAAAGGAACAGAACUUAAUAUUGAUGAGCAGAGAUAGAUGAUUUGAAGGAUAGUAUUGAAUAAUUUGAAAAGGGAGUUUGUUCCAAUCUUUGAUAGUCCGAGGAAAGAAUGAUUCAUUCCUUAUAGACAUCCUGCAUGAGAUAGUUUGAAAUAAGGUUUGAUGACUAUGCUUUGUUUGUCUGGUUAUAGGGGUGAUAUAUUUAGUGGUAAUGGCAACUUUAUUAUGGUGGAUUUUAUAGAGCAUGGUCAGCCUCGCCUCUCUACUGUGAUCUGCAAGACUACGCGUUUUUAGGUGUUCUAACAUGUUGCCAACGCUGGAGGUGUUACGAUGGCGGUUGGCAACAAAACGAGCAGUCCUGUGCUGUACCAUCUCUAGCUUGUCUAUAUCUUUUUAAACUUUUGUUUGUCUGGCAAUCUCCUCCUACAUUUUUCGACCGAUCUUUUUGAAACUUGGU